CGCAGUUACCCGAAAGCAGAAGUCCGGGCAUGGGGCCAGCCAUGGGGCUGCUGCUCUGUAGCCUCCUGCUGUUGGCUCCAGGGGGUCUGCGGCUCUCCUCCGGCCAGGUGCAGCUGGAGGGCUUGGUGGGUGAGUCUGUGUAUUUCCCUGCCCUGCGCCCCGUGGCCAGAGACAUCGUCCGUGUCCUGUGGUUUUCAGAAAGGCAGGGCACUCACAUCGCAGAGGCCAAACCCCAGGGCCAGGCAUUCAACGUCAAUUUCUUACCCAACUUCAGCAACCGGCUGGCGAUCCACGCCGGGAACCUCUCCCUGGAGAUCCGCCAUCUGCGGCUGGAAGACCAGGGGCCGUACCGCGCCGUUGUGGAUAUUGCCUCAGACCCUACCAAGCCCAGGGCGUUCUCCUAUGAGCUGUCAGUGCGAGAACGUGGGCAGGAGGGAGACAGGGGCAAAGGAGGAACCACGGACCCACCAGGAGGCAGAGAACGGAGGACAUUGACGGACCCCCCAGCAGAAGGAGCGCCCGUGACCACAGGCGGGAGGACAACGCUGGUGGGAGGGGAUGGGGGAGGGCAGGAGGGCGGUGAGAGCCAGGGAUCAUGCCACUGCACGCUGAAGGGUUAUGUCAUCGCGGCCGUCUAUGUGCCCCUCUGUGCCGUGGUGGCUAUCGUCCACGUGAAGACGAGGGGCUGACAGAAGAGCCGGGGUCCCUGGGUGACAGAAGAGACAGGGCAGCUGCUGGGGCAGGAAGGGCAGCCACCUGUCUGGGGCUAUCGCCUCUUUGUUCAUCCUCUGUAAAUACCCUCUCCAGUACCCCCCGGAAACUCCCUCCUAGUACUCACACAUCCUUCUAGCACCCCCUAAAUACUCCCUCCAGUACCCCCCAGGUAUCGCCUCCAGCAUCCCCAAAAACCCCCUCCCAGUACACACACCCCUCCAGCACUCCUAAAUACCCCCUCCAGUACCCCUCCAGGUACCCCCUCCAGUAUCCCCCCAGGUACCCCCUCCAGUACCCCCCAGGUACCACCUCCAGCACCCCCAAGAUACUCCCUCCCAGUACACACGCACCCCUCUAGCACCCCCUAAAUACUCCCUCCAGUACCCCCCAGGUACCACCUCCAGCACCCCCAAGAUACCCCCUCCUAGUACACACACCUCUCCAGCACCCCUAAAUGCCACCUCCAAUACCCCCCAGGUACCGCCUCCAGCAUCCCCAGAAACCCCCUCCCACUGCACACACCCUUCUAGCACCCCCUAAAUACCCCCCUCCAGUACCCUCCCAGGUACCUCCUCCAGUACCUCCCAGAAACCCCCUCCUAGUACACAAACAACCUCUAGCACCCCCUAAAUACCCCCUCCAGUACCCCUCAGGUACCGUCUCCAGCAUCCCCAGAAACCCCCUCCCAGUACACACACAACCCUCUAGCAUGCCCUAAAUACCCCCUCCAGUACCCCCAGGUACCUCCUCCAGUACCCCCCACGUACCACGUCCAGCACCGCUCAGGUACCCCCUCCCAGUACACACACCCCUCCAGCACCUCCUAAAUAUCCCCUCAAAUACCACCUCCAGCACCUUUCCAGGUACCCGCUCAAGCACCCCCCAGGUACCUCCUCCUAGUACACACACACCCCUCCAGCACCCCCAAACUGUACCCUCCCCUCCAGCUCCCUCUCGCCCGCCCCCAGGAGUGCCCUCUGUUGAGAACCUGGCGGCCGCUAACCCUAGGGGCAGGGGGCUUGUUUGGAGAGCCCUGGGCCGCUGUACUGGUGUUUGUACUGCAACAGCUCUAGCUCAUCGUGCCGGAUGCUGCACAGACACAUCGUGGAGAUGGUCCCUGCCCUGAAGCGUCCUCUGCCUGAAUAGACAAAGGGUCAUUAUUGCCAUGUCCGGGUUCCAUAGACAAAGGGCAGGAGGGGAAACUGAGGCACGGGGAGGGGAUGGUCACCCAGCCGAUCACUGGCAGCGCCAGGAGUAGAAGUCAGGAGAGUGUUCUGGCCACUGGAGGUGCUCAGUCGGUCCUGUAGUCUAUAGCUACCUCCCAUGAAGCCCAACAGGACUACUCCUUAUACCCUUCUGGUCCAAGUCCACCACUAUCUAAAAUGAUGGGGUCUAAGUUAGCUUUUACCACUCACAAAAGAGAUCGUGGAGUCAGUGUGGAUAGUUCUCUGAAAACAUCCACCCAAUGUGCAGUGGCAGUCAAAAAAGCAAACAGAAUGCUGGGAAUAAUUAAGAAAGGGAUAGAUAAUAAGACAGAAAAUCAAUUCAGUUCAAUUCCCUUUCAUUCCCAGGGAAGCAGUGAGAUCUGUAGGCCAGAGCGGGGGAGGAGGGGAGAGAUUUGAAAGUCCUGAGUUUGCAUAAGCAGCUCCAUGUUCACCCCUGAGCGAGUCACCUCCUCAAUUUUCUGUGCCUCAGUUUCCCCUGCUGUCAAAUGGAUGCUAUGAUGUGUUUACCUGCCCUCCCAAGGGUGCUGAGCAGCUGGGCCAAUGAGCAUCCAUCAAGCACUGCAUGCUCAUCACAAUAAAAGCCCAGCAAAAGCACCAA